CACAAAAUUUAUAACCACACACAAUAUGGUAUGAUGACUGAUCGUAUGACUCAUACAUAUCGUAGAUCGAAAAUACAUAAGGACCAUAAAGUUCAGACUCCAUAAUUUUUGUCAAGGGAACCCUAACGUAUAGAUACGGGAUGAGCGUUGGACACAGAAUCCUUGAUUUGAUGCUAAAAUCCGAAAAUCUCAGUGUCAUUGAUAUCGCGUUACAAUGAGGACGUUAUCAUUAAUUUUAAUUGUUUUAUUGCAAUUAUAUUGUGGUUAUAAUGCGGACAACAGGAUUUGUACUACGACAGAAGUGAUAACCCGCAGGCAAUUCGAGUCGUAUUGGAGCAAUUACACGGUGAUGGUGAACGACCCAAAAUGCAGGAGAAGACGUUGUCCUAAAAUCAAACAACCAAGAAGCUUCAGAGCAAAUCGUGUAGUUACUAAAAACGUGACAUCGGUCAAACAUGUAUGCUGCACCGGCUUUGAGCGAGAUUCAACAUAUUCGCGAUUGGUCUGCAAGGCGAAAUGUUCAAAACCUUGCAUAAAUGGUUUCUGUCGAAGUGCAGAGGAAUGUGGCUGCAACUUAGGCUAUGUGUUGGAUUUAGCUGAUAAGUAUCGCUGCCAGCCAUAUUGCAGCAAAUCCUGCGGAGGAGGUAUUUGUAUACUGCCAAACGUAUGCCAUUGCAACAGAGGAUAUCGAUUUCUCAAUCAAACCUGUGAACCAUUUUGCAGUAAGCCCUGCAUGAAUGGCAGCUACUGCGCCCGCCCAGAAACCUGUGAAUGCAUGUUAGGAUAUAGAAAAUCUGCGGAUAAUAUCUGCAAACCUCACUGUUCAGAUGGUUGUCCCAACGGUAUUUGUGUCAGUCCAGAAAAAUGCGUUUGUAAUUUAGGAUUCCAAAUGGUUACCAAAAACGACACUAUGGAGAAAUCGUGUCAACCAAUAUGUAAUAAACCUUGUUUAAAUGGCACUUGUGUGGCACCAGAAACUUGUGAAUGCAAAAAAGGAUACGUAAAGACAGAUUCCUACAGCUGUAAGCCUUUUUGCUCUAGUGGGUGUGCCAAUGGCAAAUGUGUUGCACCUGAAACUUGUAUUUGUGAUUCCGGAUGGCAAAUGGCGAAUGAUAGCAAAACUUGUCGGCCAAUAUGUUCUAAGAAGUGUGUAAAUGGGACGUGCGUGGCUCCAGAAAUUUGUGAAUGCUCAAAAGGGUAUUCACAAACGGACAAGUAUAAUUGCGAACCCUUUUGUUCCAGUGGUUGUCCUAAUGGAAGUUGUGUUGCUCCAGAAAAAUGUGUAUGCGACUCAGGAUGGCAAAUGAGUCAGACAGAUAACACUACGAAUAAAAUUUGCCAUCCAAAAUGUUCAAAACCUUGUAUUAAUGGCACGUGUGUGGCUCCGGAAUCUUGCCAAUGCAAAAAAGGGUAUGAAAAAGUGGACAACUACAGCUGUAAACCCUUUUGCUCUGGUGGGUGUCCCCAUGGAAGUUGUGUUGCUCCAGAAACUUGUGACUGCGACCCAGGGUGGGAAAUGGUUCAAUCAAAUGGCACUGUACAUAAAUCAUGCCAGCCUAUAUGUUCAAAGCCCUGUAUUAACGGCACGUGUGUGGCUCCGGAAUCUUGCCAAUGCAAAAAAGGGCAUGAAAAAGCGGACAACUACAGCUGUAAACCCUUUUGCUCUGGUGGGUGUCCCCAUGGAAGUUGUAUUGCUCCAGAAACUUGUGACUGCGACCCAGGAUGGGAAAUGGUUCAAUCAAAUGGCACUGUACAUAAAUCAUGCCAGCCUAUAUGUUCAAAGCCCUGUAUUAACGGCACGUGUGUGGCUCCAGAAACUUGCCAAUGCAAAACAGGGUACAAAAAAACGGACAACUACAGCUGUAAACCGUUUUGCUCUGGUGGGUGUCCCCAUGGAAGUUGUAUUGCUCCAGAAACUUGUGACUGCGACCCAGGGUGGGAAAUGGUUCCAUCAAAUGGCACUGCGCAUAAAUCGUGCCAGCCUAUAUGUUCAAAACCCUGUAUAAAUGGAUUAUGUGAGGCUCCAGAAAAAUGCCAAUGCAGUGAUGGGUAUACCAAAGUAGAUAACUACAGCUGUAAGCCAUUCUGCUCCAGUGGUUGUCCUCAUGGUAGUUGUACAGCCCCCGAAAUCUGCGAAUGUGAUUCUGGAUGGCAUUUGGUUCAAUCGAAUGACACUGGAAAACAAAAUUGCCAACCUAAAUGUUCAAAGCCCUGUUUGAAUGGAUAUUGUGUCGCUCCAGAAGAAUGUCGGUGUGCAAAGGGUUAUGUUAAGUCAGACGACUACAGCUGUAAGCCCUUCUGUUCCAGUGGGUGUCCUCAUGGAAGCUGUGUUGCUCCGGAAACAUGUAACUGUGAAUCAGGAUGGCAUUUAAAUCAGUCAAACGGUACUACAAUCCAAACAUGUGAGCCAUUUUGUACCACCCCCUGUGUGAAUGGCAUAUGCGUGGCACCUGACACUUGUGAAUGUUUGCCAGGAUAUAAAAAAUACGAAAAUAACGUUUGUAAGCCUCACUGUUCAUCUGGUUGCCACCACGGUACCUGUGUUGGUCCAGAAACCUGCAUUUGCGAUAUCGGAUGGAAAAUGGCAAAUGAUAAUAAAACUUGUGAGCCAAUAUGCACAAUACCUUGUGUGAAUGGGACGUGUGUAGCUCCAAAAACUUGUACUUGCUGGCCUGGUUAUAAAAUAGCUCGUAGAUUUACUUGUAAACCGAAAUGUACCGGAGGAUGUCUUCAUGGUAUGUGUGUUAGCCCAGAAAAAUGUGUAUGUGAUUCCGGAUACGAAAUAGCAACAUCAGAAUUAACAAAAACAGAAUAUUGUCGACCAAUUUGCAGCGAACCCUGUGUAAAUAGUAGAUGUGUAACACCGGAUACCUGUGAAUGUAACCUUGGCUAUACGAAAACCAAGAAGAAUAUCUGCGAGCCACAUUGUCCAGGUGGGUGUCCAAACGGUUUUUGUGCGAAGCCUUUUGAUUGUGUUUGUAAUCCAGGAUGGGAAAUAACACAAACGAAUGGUACUGCAAAUACUAUCUGUAAACCAAAAUGUGCUACUCCCUGUGUCAAUAAAACUUGUAUACCUGUAUGUACUCAAGCCUGUGUUAAUAGCACAUGCGUAGCUCCGGAGAAUUGCAGCUGCCUUCCUGGCUAUAUGAAGACAGAAAAUAAUAUUUGUACACCUAGAUGUUCUAGCGGGUGUCCAAAUGGUACUUGUGUUGAGCCUGAGACUUGCAUUUGUAAUUCAGGAUAUGAAAUGAUACACGUAGAUGGAAAUGUCAACAGAACCUGUGAACCAAUAUGUGAUAUACCUUGUUCUAACGGGAUUUGUAUAGCCCCGAACACUUGUGAAUGCCUCAACGGCCAUGUGAAAGUAAAUAAUAGUGCAUGUUUACCACAUUGCCCAGAUGGGUGUCCGAAUGGAGUUUGCGUUGCUCCUGGGCUCUGCAAAUGUGAUAAAGGAUGGGAAAUGUUACUAGAUGAUGGAACUAUGAACAAAACUUGUGAACCUGUAUGUCGGAGUCCUUGUAUAAACGGCACGUGUGUCGCUCCACAGACCUGUGAAUGUCUCCCUGGGUAUGUGCAGUUAAGAGACAAUGUUUGUCAGCCGCACUGUGCUGAUGGCUGCCUGAAUGGCGUCUGUGUGAGUCCCGAUACCUGUAGAUGUCACCCGGGUUGGUUUAGAAGUGAUCUCAAUGGAACUUGUGUAGCAGAUACUGCUGCCGUUAGUGCCAGCAAAGAGAAUGAUAAUUGGCUGGGGUCCAACUGGAUAUACAUUUUGGUCACUUCACUUGCCAUUUUAUUGGUUUUGAUAGCGAUCAUAGUUUUCAUAUAUUUCAGAAGAAAAAAAUCUGACAAGGAUGAUGGUACUACAGCUGUUCCAGAUCAAGAAAUAUCAACUAAAAUAUUUUGCAGACAAAAGGGUACUUACGAUGUAAAUGACAAGACUACUGAACUUUAAAUGUACUCAGUGUAGUUUUAAACCAUUACCAUUUAUUUAUUAUCAAAAAUAAUUAAAUUGAGUUUUUCAUAA